AAAUUUCAUUACGACCUAGCAAUAAUAUCUUGUUCAAUUAUAAUGAUACAUAUACGACACGUAACAUGGAGCCUGAAAGAUAUUGACAAAGGAAUCAUAAUCGCAAAAUCUAUGUGUGAAUGAUACUUCUACGCCUCAAGAUACUCCUACGAAACGCUUACAACGUUAAAACAAUCCUAAGCUCAACGAUAUACAUCAAUGAUCGCCGUCACUUGAUAUUUACGAUCCUGAUGCUACGUCGUUUCCACUAGAUAUAAACAAAGUUUAUUAUUAAUCGUUUCUCGAGACGAUAUUUAACCCGUACAAAGGUACUCCGUUCAGAUAAUUAAAAGCGAAAGAGCACAUUGUUGGUCUUUCGCGAUGUCGCGUCGCGUCGCAUGCUGCGCUAGAUAGAGGAAAGGGAAAGUGUUGGCGCAAAAAUAGAAGAACGAGUGGCGGGUAACGGUUUCAAUAUAAAACGACACGGCCACUGCAACCGAUUUCGUUUUAAUGCAACGCGUGGGCCGAUCAAUCACGGUGCCGCGAUUACUUUUACUUCGAUCGACUCGCCCGGGUGCAGUGCAUUUGAAACCGUGUAAUAGUGCGUUAUGUUUCUCUUUAAAUAGUUCAUUCCUUCCUUUGUUUCUAAGUGUCGUCGACCAUUAUACCGCUAGCUUCAUACAUCAGCCGCUACGAAUUCACGGCCUGCUACUUGCUAAGUACCUACUACUACAUAAAACGUCUUCGUAUGUUCACCUCAAGACGACUUCAAGGCUGUCACCAGACUGUCACGAGAUAGAGAAUAUAGAAGGCUCGAUCAAUCACGUUCGACGUCUUUGCUCUAUCAAUCGUGUCACCGUUCGCCCGAUCGAUAGACGUCGGAGGAUCCUGAAGAACAUCUUCCAUCAUCGUUAAAUAAUUCAAGCUUUAAAUCCUUUUCUUCUCGAAGUAAUAAUCUUCUCUUAAAUAAUCUUACGUUUCUUCAUAAUUGAGAUUCUUUUGAAGUUCUUCUAAAAUCUCUUCAGCGUUUAUCUUCAUUCUUAUAAGGAAGCCAAAUAUCGAGUAUCUUCCUUUAAAUAGUUCGUUUAAAAACAAUCUUACGUUUCUCGAGAAUCGGUAAGAAGCAGAUUCUUCUAAAAUUUCCACGGCGUUUCCCUUCCUUCUUAUAAAGAAGCCGAGUAUCAAAGAUCGUUUGAGAUCGAGUCUGGAUAGCGACAAUCGGCAAGGCGAAGAACCGCGUCAGCAACGGACUGACCCAAAGUCCGUCGCCGAUUCCGCUGGCGUUCCGCAUCGAUCCCCCACUUUGUUCACCGGAAGUAGAUACAGCCAAUCCGCGGGGCAAAUCGCUAGGGCUCGCGCGAAAUCCUUGUCGAUCGUAUAAAAGCGAGCAACGCAGGACAUGUCGCCGAGAAUCGACCCGAUACGCUGGUCGAAUCUUGCCAGCACCAGUUUCCGCACUUCAAGAAGCUUCUCCAUAGCUGCAGCUUCCGUCAGAGGAUCGUUGAUCGGCAGCCCGAAGAAUCUUCGAUAUUUUGGACCGAUCGAUAGUGUUAACGUCUCUGGAAGCAAACAGAAGAUAGCAGGAUUCGCGAUUUUGAGCCAUCGAACUAUUCCAAACGUUGCAGAGAUGCCGCACGCGAUCGACGUGUAUUAUCCGCGAGUGUCCACGUUGGUCACCAAUGUGGCGAAAAAUCCAUCCAUCAGCAACGGUUACGAUUGUAUAGGGAAGAUACCGUUGCUGAAUACACUGACAGAACCCCUUGCUCCAAAAGUCUGUUCAUACGUCGAGGAAUGUGCAUCCCUUUGCUGUCCUAAGGACAUUUACAUUUGCGAUGGAAGCGAUGCAGAGUACGAUCAUCUGUUGAAGCUUAUGGAAAAGAAUGGAACAAUAUCGGCUUUACCAAAAUAUGAAAACUGUUGGCUUGCUAGAACGAAUCCAGCGGACGUAGCACGCGUCGAGAAAUGCACGUCCAUCAGCACCGACUGCAAACGCGAUACUAUUCCUACUCCACGUAACGGUGUUACCGGAGAACUGGGUAACUGGAUUUCUCCGGUUGACAUGGACAAAGCUAUUCUUGAACGUUUUCCAGGAUGCAUGAAAGGUCGAACAAUGUACGUCAUCCCCUUCAGCAUGGGUCCAAUGGGCUCUCCUUUGUCCAAGAUUGGAAUAGAGAUCACAGAUUCCGCAUAUGUCGUCUGUUCCAUGAGGAUAAUGACCAGGAUGGGGAGAAAGGUCCUAGAAACCCUUGGCAAUGAAGAUUUCGUCAAGUGUCUGCACUCUGUCGGUGUACCAAAAAGCGACUCCAAGGUUGAAGUUAACUCUUCCUGGCCCUGUGAUCCUGAAAGGACCAUCAUCCUUCAUAGACCAGCCAAGAACGAAAUAGUUUCUUACGGUAGCGGUUAUGGUGGCAAUUCUUUGCUUGGAAAAAAGUGUUUCGCUCUGAGAAUUGGUUCGACUAUUGCUAGGGAUGAAGGAUGGCUUGCAGAACAUAUGCUCAUACUGGCUAUCACAAAUCCAAAAGGUAGAAAGCGUUACAUUACUGCAGCGUUCCCCAGUGCUUGCGGCAAGACCAACCUAGCCAUGAUGCAACCGACAUUACCAGGGUACAAAGUCGAGUGCGUGGGAGAUGAUAUCACUUGGAUGAAAUUCGACCAGGAAGGCAGACUCCGUGCUAUAAAUCCAGAAAAUGGAUUCUUCGGCGUGGCACCCGGAACCAAUGGCGCUACCAACCCUAAUGCUAUGAGAACUAUCUUCAAGAACACUAUCUUCACCAAUGUGGCCGCAACCAGUGACGGUGGAGUCUUCUGGGAGGGAUUGGAAAAAGAAAUCAGCGAUGACGUUGAAAUCACCGAUUGGCGAGGCAAAAAGUGGACCAGAGGAUCUAGAACCCCAGCAGCACACCCGAAUUCUAGAUUCUGUACACCAGUCAAACAAUGUCCUAUUGUCGAUCCUGCUUGGGAAGAACCAACAGGUGUACCCAUCGAUGCUAUUCUGUUUGGAGGACGAAGACCAGAAGGUAUUCCUCUUAUAUAUCAAGCUAGAAACUGGCAGCAUGGUGUUUUCAUUGGAGCUUCGAUGAGGUCUGAAGCUACUGCUGCAGCGGAACAUACGGACAAAGUAAUCAUGCACGAUCCAUUUGCUAUGAGACCCUUCUUCGGCUACAAUUUCGGACAUUAUCUCAAUCACUGGCUGAAUAUGACCGAAGUGAAAAAUGCCAAGCUACCAGCUAUAUUCCACGUGAAUUGGUUCAGGAAGGAUGCGGAUGGCAAAUUCCUUUGGCCAGGAUAUGGCGAGAACUCACGCGUUCUAGACUGGAUUCUUCGAAGGCUCGACGGUGAAGACGUUGCGGUAGAUUCUGCCAUAGGUUUAUUACCAAAAUUAGAGUCGUUCAAUUUGGAAAACUUGAAGGAGAAUAUAGAUAUGAAGGAAUUGUUCAGUUUACCGAAAGAUUUCUGGCAAAAGGAAGUUGAGCGCCUUAGGGAAUAUUUCGAUGCGCAAGUAGGCGAUGAUUUACCUGCAGCCAUUCGUGAAGAGCUCGAUCGUCUCGCUUCUAACGUGGAUAAGCUUUAAUCCAAUCGUUUGAUCCUUAAUAUCGUGGAAAAUUUGAGUAACAUCGAUAUACAUCGAAUUGUAUUUUUUUCUUUUGUUUUUUUAUCAGAAGUAAGGUAUUUACAACGAGGACUAGAGAAAUUAUCAAAUUAAGGAUCAUAUUAAAGUUCAAAUUAAAUCCGUACAGUGAUCGUAGUCCGUACAGAGAUUAAACAGAUAGUUGUUAGGUUUUUUUAUUAUACUGAACCUAAACGUAGUAUUACGACGAUUUCUACUUGAACGUCGAUCAUAAUUGUCAUAUUCAUUAAAACAUUUUUCUUUAUGUUUACUCUUUCAAACAAAUGCUCUUUCUUUACACUUUACAGUAUCUUUUUUAUUAUAAGAAAAUACUUCUUAAAAGUAAGAACAGAUUUUUUGUAAGGGUUCGCGUGUAAGAAUAAUAGUGUGCAAACUAGCGAAAAAAGCAAUUUGUAACUUAAAGAAAGAUAUGUAUUUUUGGAUAUGUAUUUUCUAAUAAAAAAUUUUACAAGAUAA